AAAAGAUCUGAACAAUAAGGUUUGGUGAAGCCACUGGUAACCAUUCAAAUACAACAAUGACAGUCUGAGUGCAUGCAUAAAGAUAUUUGUUAUGACUUGGGUCACCUACCUCAGGAGAGUUGAAUGUAGGAUAACACCUAGUGAAUAAUCAGUUAAAUGAACCCAGUCGGGACUCCAGUAGUUACAGACUAACUUUCCUGUUAUGAGACAUACUUAAGUGAGCUUUGUGGCAUUUUGAAACAGUUUUCUGUACGUGCUGGAGGAAGAAGACUGUUAUUUUGAUAUACCAUGGGUUGUGGAACAAGUAAGGGAGAUACAGAGAAUGGACCUCAGCCAGAAAGGGCCAACAUUGGUGGUGUUAACGCCAAUAACGCUAACGCCAGGUCCACCAACAGGGGCACCUAUAGAGUUGGGCGUUGGGCGGCCGACACUCCAGCUAGUAACCCAGCUGGCACAACCAAUGGUACCCCAGCCAGACCAGCUGGUCCAGUAGCUAGUAAACCAGAGACAGGUACAGAAAGGGCCCCAGUGGAGAUUGAAAAAGAGGUGACCGCAGUCAAGUGCAAGGACAUCGACUUCAAAAUAGACCAGAAUUCAAAGGAGCACCACACUGAUCAAUACGAGGCAACCAAAACCUGGCUGGGUGUAAACGCUGAACCACAGAAGCCAUGGUUCAUUGUCAGGAGAGGUCAAGACUUUGUCAUUGAUCUCUGUAUGGAUGGAAAAUUUGACAAAGACAACCACGAUGUGAAGUUGACCUUUGAAUUUGGAGCAAACCCCAAGCCAGGAGAAGAAACACUAGUUUCCUUCAAAGUAUCAGCCAAAGAUAAACCCAAGGCUUGGGGAGCUGAAAUUCUCUCUGUCACUGGAAAUGACCAAAGUACAGUCUCGGUCAGCGUUGCCACACCACCCAAUUGUAAGGUUGGAAAAUGGACCUUGAACGUGGACACCAUUGUGAAAAAGAAAGAUGGAACUGUGGAAGUUCUGCGCUACGCUCAUCCCAACAAAGUCUAUAUACUGUUUAACCCAUGGUGCGAAGAUGAUCAAGUGUACAUGCCAGAAAAGGACCAUCGUGAAGAGUAUGUUCUGGCUGAAACAGGAAGGAUUUAUACUGGAAGUAAGAAAAAAAUCAGAUUUAGACCAUGGAACUUUGGACAGUUUGAAGACUUUGUGUUGGACUGUUGUCUCUCCUUGUUGGAUAAUUGCGGCCUGGCCCCCAGUGCUAGGGGUAACCCUGUGCAAAUUGUCAGAAAGAUUUCAGCUAUUGUGAAUGCCCCUGAUGAUAAUGGAGUGCUGGUUGGUAACUGGUCUGGGAAUUAUGAAGGUGGCACUCGCCCUACUAAGUGGGCCGGUAGUGUGGCCAUUCUGUUAGAAUACUGCAAGACAAAGAAACCUGUUCAGUUUGGGCAGUGCUGGGUGUUCUCUGGAGUUGUGACAACAGUUUGUCGUUGUCUUGGAAUACCUUGCAGAUCCGUAACCAAUUUUAGCUCAGCACAUGACACUGAUGGUAACAUCACCUUAUCAGCAUACAUGGAUGCAGAAGGCGAAUACAUAGACAGUUGGUGUAGUGAUUCUCUCUGGAACUUCCACGUGUGGAAUGACGUCUGGAUGUGUCGCCCUAAACUUCCCCCUGGACAUGACGGUUGGCAGGCUAUUGAUGCUACUCCACAGGAACUCAGUGAUGGUGUAUUCUGUGCAGGCCCUUGUUCCCUUAAUGCUAUCAAGGCAGGUCAGGUGUACCUGCCUUAUGAUGGGCCAUUCAUCUUUGCCGAAGUCAAUGGAGACAAAGUGAUUUAUCAACAACAAGUGGAUACUUCUUGGGCUGUUCAGAAAAUUUAUAAAGAGCUAGUUGGGUAUAAGGUAUGCACAAAGAAAGUUCUUUCUCCAGACAUGGAGGAUAUUACCCCUCUCUAUAAAUUCUCAGAAGGCACAGAUGAGGAGAGAGCUGCUCUCAAGGUAGCUGUUUCUCAUACAAAUGUCUAUUCCGGACUGAAUAUAGAUUACCACGGACACCUUGAGAACAACGAAAAUCAGGAUAUUACAUUUUUAAUGUACGAACGUGAUUCCAUUGUGGUUGGGGAAGAUUUUGAUAUAGAUCUGAUAGUGUCAAAUCAGAGCAGUGAACAACGUACACUCAAUGUCUCGCUGGGAGCUACUGUGGUCUAUUACACUGGUGUUUACAAGAAGAAUGUUGCCACAGAUAAUUUUCACAUAGUGCUGGCACCGGGAGAGAAAGAAAAAAAAGUGAGUAUAACUGUGAGUCCAGCUGAUUAUUUGGACCAUCUUGCUGACCAGACUCAAAUGAAGGCCAGGUGUAAGGUCAGAGUGGAGGAAACUAACCAAAUCUUUGUCGAAGAGGACGAUUUUGAUCUGACAGUCCCUGACUUGGAGUUUGAAUAUGUUGGGGGUGACAAAAAUGACCUCCAUGUUGGCCAACCAUUCCAACUGAAGUUUGGCUUCACCAAUCCUCUUCCUAAACCUCUUACCCAGUGUAUGUUUAUUGUGGAAGGACCUGGACUCCAGAAAGCCAUGGAGUAUAAAAUCAGGGAUGUUCCACCUGGUGAGAAAGCUGAGCAGACAGUGACCUUGACCCCAAAGACCCCCGGUGAGAAGAACAUCAUCAUCAGCUUCGACUGUCAGGAACCAUGUGAUGUCAAUGGAAUAGAUUCAGUUUAUAUUGAAGAGUAGCUGUCAUUUGACCUCCAAUUGCUUGUCAAUUCAAAAAAGAUAUUAUGCUUUCUGCUUGCAAAAUAAAACUAUAUGAAAAGUAGGAAUUUUUACCUGCUCAUGGCAAUUUCAAAAGAAUUUUGAUAUCUUAGAUAUUCUGUACAUGCAAUUUGUCUUUUCAUAGAUGUUUUAGCCAGAUUCAGUCAGCCAGAGUUUCAGAGACCUGAUGGUGCCUUUCCUGUAUACAGAUCAGCAUAAUUUCAUCUGCAUCUUCAGGAAGAGAAAAGUCAUCAUCAGUUCUCUAGAAUUUGAGCUGAAUUAACAUGUGUAAAUAAGAUAAGUUAGUUGCUUUUUUUGUUGAUAUAUACUAAUAAGACAUUUAGGUAUCAAUGCAGUGCAAGAUUUUUCCUGCAAAAAAAAAAUAUUUAUUAUAUAAAUAUGUAUAUUUUAUAAGUUAUUUUCCUGUGUAUUUUUCUCUGACUAACAACCAUUUGACAUGUGUAAAACACAUAAAUUAUUUUUUUGUUGAUAUAUACUGAUUAGACAUUUAAGGCACCCAUACAGUGCAAGAUUUUCCUGAAAAAAUGGCUAAUUUUCCUGGGUGUUUUUUUCUGACUAGCCAACCUUUAAACAUGUGUAAAUAACAUAAUUGCUUUUUUGUUG